AAGAAUGGCAGAGACACAGGCAGAGGGAGAAGCAGGCUCCAUGCAGGAAGCCUGAUGUGGGACUCGAUCCUGGGACUCCAGGAUCACGCCUUGAGCAGAAGGCAGAUGCUCAACUGCUGAGCCACCCAGGUGUCCCUUAACUUUUUUUUUAGAGCAGGGGGAGGGGCAAAGAGAGGAGAGAGAGAAUCUUAAGCAGGCUUCAUGCCCAGCACAGAACUUAACACAGGGCUGGAUCUCACAACCCUUAGAUCAUGACCUGAGCCAAAAUCAAGUGUCAGACACUUAACCGACUGAGCCACCCAGGCGCCCCUAUUAACAACUUUUUUGAAAGUCAUACAGGAUGAGGAACAUUUUUUUUGUUUUGCAGGAAUAUCCAUUAUCCCUGACCCCCACUAAAUUCCAAUAGCACCAUCCAAUCAACAUGACAAUCUCCAAAAAAACCCUCACCAAUUCCUGGAACUCUCCCUGGGAAGUAGUACUACUGCCUUGAGAAUUACUGUAAUAAAAGAAAUAACAGUGAAGUAUCAACAGAGUAAUGAUGGAGAAGCUGAAGUGUCUCUGCUAUAAGAAUGAGGCCAGCCAACCUUGUAAGAAGGCAAAUUCCUACUAAGGAAUGAUGGUACCAUAAAGUAUGCAGCUGGAUCUUACUGGAAGGUUCUAUAUAAAUGAGACUUAUUUAGUCUAGUGGUAGGGCUUCUGUGUUCUCUGUUUCCAGAUGAAAGGCAUGGUUUUGGCAAAGCUGAGUCCCAACAACAUCAUCAUACUGCCAUUGAGGUUCUGUAUGCAUGACUUCUUGGUGGAUGUCCAAGGUUCACCUGUGCACCUGGGAGGUUCCCAGUCUACAAGAAAGGAAAUACCUCUGAAACUAAAUUAUGUCUUGACCCAGGGGAGUUUAAACUAUGCUGUGAGCAGAAGCUUUAGAGGAAAUGUUAUAGUUUGUAGCCUGUUGUCAAGCACAAGUGCUCAAGAGGAAUCCACAAGAGAAUGGCUUAAAGAAAAAAGCAUUAGUGGGGAAGGCUGAGUUUAUAUUUUAGACCCUCCUGCUCUGUGAGGAACGUUCGUUGGGGAGCACAUUUUUCAGGCAACCCGGAGUAUGUUUCUAAGGUUCUUUUUGGACAAUUCUACUUGUCAAGUUAGAUGAAGUUAUAAAAUACAAAUGUCUGGGCCCCAUAUCAUACCUAUUAGCUGUGAAGCAAAGCCCAAGUAUCUUGAAUAAUAAGUUCCACAGGGGAUUCUGAUGUGAAUGUGUAUAACCUUCUGGAACCCAAUUUUGGCCACUUUCAGAAAGCCAUUUUCACCAGGCCCUCCUCCCACAGUUUCUGAACGUUUACACUAUUGUCUCUAUAGGUCAAAGCAUUAAGAUUGGACUCUGAAUAGCCCUGUGUCUCUAGCACCCAGAGCCUUGUGUUAAAUCAUCAUUUCCCAUCAGGAAUCCCAGCAUGUGAACUGGACAUGGUCCUUCAGUUAGAGAACAGCUGUGAUAGCUGAAUCUUCAGGAAACCGAAGAGGGCAGUGAGUGAAACUACCUGUUUGGGUAGGUGACACCAUGAAAAGACCACCAAUUUGAUAUUGAAGAGACAUGAGUUCUAGUCUGACCUCUUGGAAUUCGCCAGAUAGGGAGAUUUGAACUGAGCCAAAGCAUCUACACCUAUCAGGCUAUUUCUGAAGAACUAAAGUUUUCAGGGUCAGCGAUGGAAAUUCUCAGGGAAUACUGCCCAAGGUCCUGCAAAUGAAGAGGCCUAUAAAGGCAAGGGCCGGUUAUCAAGGCAGACAAAAUGUCCUGUACAGAAGAUAUCUUUUGAGAAAACAGCCAUCAGAAAAGUGUCAAUGACCCUCAAGGAAAUUUUCACUAGGGAGAGAGCUCCUGAAUCAGUGAAUUUAGCCUAAGCUCAAAAGCUAAUAUACAGCAGGACAUUCCAAAGGGAGCUAGAUCCCCCAUGUCUAGGAAGAAUUCCAAAGAUAAUUCAGACUUUAUUGAACACCAAAAACUUUUCCCACAAAAGAAACUUUGUAAAUGCAUUGAGUGUGGGAAAGCCUUCAGUUACAAAUCAGACCUUAUCAUUCACAGUAGAAUUCAUGGUGGAGAAAAGCCUUUUGAAUGCAAUGAGUGUGGGAAGACUUUUAGCCGAAGUACACACCUUAUUGAGCACCAGAGAACUCACACUGGAGAGAAGCCAUAUGAAUGCAGUGACUGUGGGAAAGCUUUUAGCCGGAGCACUCAUCUUAGUCUACAUCAGAGGAUCCACACUGGAGAAAAACCAUACGAAUGCAGUGAAUGUGGAAAAGCCUUCAGCCGAAGCACUAACCUCAGUCAACAUCAGCGAACCCACACUCAAGAAAAACCCUACAAGUGUAAUGAAUGUGGGAAAGCCUUUGGUGACCGUUCCACCAUAAUUCAGCACCAACGAAUCCACACUGGCGAGAACCCCUAUGAGUGCAGUGAAUGUGGAAAGGCCUUCAGCUGGAUCUCCUCCCUUAUUGAGCACCAGAGAACACACACUGGAGAGAACCCCUAUGCAUGCUGUGAGUGUGGGAAAGUGUUCAGUCGAGGCUCAUCCCUCACCGAGCACCAGAGAAUCCACACGGGAGAGAAGCCCCAUGAGUGCAGAGAGUGUGGGAAGGGCUUCAGUCGGGGCUCCUCCCUUCUUAUUCACCAGAGGACUCACACUGGAGAGAAGCCCUACAAAUGUAAUGACUGUGGGAAAGCCUUUGGUCAAAGUUCAACACUCAUCAGACAUCAGCAACUUCACACCAAAGAAUGAUAUUUGAGCUUUCAUCAGUGUUCACAAAAGAGCACACAGCAUUAACUUCCUACAGCUGAAAAGAAAAAUAUAGAUAUCUUUGAAGUUUUCUUCUUUACUAGCUAGCUAUAAGCUAGUUUCAAGUUAGCCUGCCUGCCUUCCUUUCUGUAAUCUAGAUGCUCAAAUGAGUGAUUGGUACAAGGGGAUGAUUUUAAGAACCUGAUACAGUCCAUCUCCUCUUCUGGAGGACUCUAGCCGUAGUGUAUAGACCUACCUGACACCUUGUAUUUGCCCACUUUAUCUAUUCCAUGGGGUUUAGGUCCCUGAACAGUCAGGGAACUUUGUUUCCCAAGCACAUCAGCCCCUGACUUAAAGAGGAAAUCCAAUGUGUGACUGUGUGAGUGUUUCAGUGUGAAUGAUACUGGCUCCAGUAGCAGAAGAGAAGGAGCUGGCUUCAGAACAGGACAAAAAGCUUCCCACUAGUUUGGUGAUAAUAGUGUUGAGGUAAAUUCAGUCUCUUUUAUAAGGACAGAUUUCUCUCUUACACCUUUUUUUACUGUAGUAGAUUUUCCUCAAAGUAUAAACCAUAGUUCUAAUGUGCCUAAUUAAUCCUAAUAUUAUUUUAUAUUAUUAUUACCAAGACUGUCUUAAGACUUUCAUUUAGUUCUUCCAUUAUUUAGAAAAAAAUGCUGCCCUAGUUUUUAAAUUUUUCUUUUGUUUAUAGACUUCAUGAAAUGUACACCCUCUGGCCCCAACUCUCCCAAAUCCUAUAAAGCUGAUCUCUCAAGGACAAAUUCAGUGCCUAUUUCUUAGUCUUUUUUUUCUACUUGACAUUUGCAGAACUGGCACUUUUGGCCAUGCUUAUGCCUUAAAAUUUUAACUUCUUCUGGCAUCCUAUUCUGUGCUGAUCCACACUUUUCCUACCUCCCAGACACUCUGAUUAACAAUGAUCAGCUCUAGAACUUUAGGCAAGAGUUAGACCAGAAUAAUCUCAUUUUAUCAGGUUAUAUAUAUAAUACCUGAGGUUACUCAAUUAGAUUGUAAGCUUCUUGAAGAAAAAAAUCUUUUAGAUCCCUGUAAAACAUCCAAAGUGCUGAAUAGUCACUAAAUGAUCUGUAAUUCCUGCCUACUUUCUCCCAGGUAAUCAGCCUGCUAGGUUUCAUUUGAAAUGGCUUAUGAGUUGAUUUCUCCCUCUAUUCUUGGUGCUGCUGCUAGGUGCUAGGUGCUCAGCAGUUUGGGCCCAGAUUACUAGAGUCAACACUGCUGCUCUUGUCUCCCUGUCUUGAUGUAGCUGCCUGACUAAACCACCACCUUGUUCAAAGAGGCCACAGUUCCCAGGAAAAAGAUCAGAUGGUUUAAUUCCAAGGCCUUCCACAGUUAGAUCUAUUUACUUAUUUUCCUUUACUCCCCAGGACCUGUGGGCAGGCCUUUCCUGUGUGUCUACUAUGCCCUAUUCUCACGUGGCUCCUUUUCACAUGAUUCUAUGGCACCCUUUCACAUGUCCUGCUUUCCUCCUGGUAUCGCCAGAAAUCCUGUCCACACUUUCUAAAAGGCCUUUCUCAAAUCCUGCCUCAUCUGACAGUCUGAGUCCUCCACCUCAGAAGUGCUUUGCUCUGGAGGUUUGAAUUUAUUUUCCUGCAUUACAAACUUUCCUGUUCUGUUUUCUGAUUCUUUCAGGUGCUUUUUUCCCAGAAGCUUCUGAAGUUAGAAACUGUCUUAAAUCUCUCAGAAGCCCCAUCUAAAUACAUGGUAUAAUACAGAUCUGGACUCUAGUUUUAAUCCAGACCGGCAGGGUUUAAUUUACGAGUACAAUCUCUUUAGUCUUUUGAAGGGAGAGAUAACCUCAUAAAAAUUUUGGUCCUUUUUGUCUUACCUUGAAUUAUGUAAAUUCACUCUUGGGACAUAUUUUCCUUUGGAGUUCCAGGGAUGCUGGCCUCCUGGCUUUCCCUUCUCAGAGACUGUUGUAAGGAAUAAGGGAGCUUAUUCAUGUAAAAUGAUGAAAACAGUGCCUAACAUAAAGUAAAUGCUCAAUAAAUGCUAAUUGUUAUGAUUCUGCAGUG